AGCAACCGCGCAGCCAUGGCUCUGAAGCGCAUCCUUUCCGCGGUUCGCUCCGGCACUCCUCGCCUCUCCCCGCUGUCAACGGCGCCGGCGACCCACGAGCGGCCCGCCGCGAGCCCGGGGGUCGUGCCAGGACGCGGGGCGGCGGAGCCCGUGCGGCCGCCGGUGCCUACCGUGGACUUCAACAACGCGCAGGAGGCGUACCGUAGCCGGCGCAGCUGGGAGCUGGCGCGCAACCUGCUGGUGCUGCGCCUAUGCGCUUCGCGGGUGCUGUUGGCGCACCAUGAGCAGCUGCUCCGUCUCACCAGUAGACUUCUGGGACAACGGCUGUUCGACAAGCUUAUGAAGAUGACCUUCUACGGACAGUUCGUGGCCGGUGAGGACCAGGAGUCAAUCCGGCCCCUGAUUCAGCAUAACAAGGCGUUUGGUGUGGGCUCCAUCCUGGACUACGGAGUGGAGGAAGACCUGAGCACAGAGGAGGCGGAGCGCCAGGAGAUGGAGUCCUGCACCUCCGAGGCUGAGCGGAAAGACAGAGGAGCCAGUAAGAGAGAGAAGCAGUACCAGGCCCACCCGGCCUUUGGAGACCGCAGGGACGGCGUCAUCAGCGCCCGCACCUACUUCUACGCCAAUGAAGCCAAGUGUGACAGCCACAUGGAGACGUUCCUGCGCUGCAUUGAGGCUUCAGGUGGAGCUAGCGAUGAUGGCUUCACAGCCAUUAAGCUCACCGCGCUGGGGAGACCCCAGGUUCUGCUGCAGUUCUCAGAUGUGCUGACCAAGUGGAGACGGUUCUUUCACCAAAUGGCUGCCGAGCAAGGGAAGGCCGGGCUCGCUGCCACGGACACGAGGCUGGAGGUGGCGGCACUGCAGGAAAGCGUGGCGAAGAUGGGCAUUGCGUCCAAGAAGGAGAUCGAGAGCUGGUUCACUGCAGAGACCCUGGGUGUGUCUGGCACCCUGGACCUGCUGGACUGGAGCAGCCUCAUCGACAGCAGGACCGAGCUCUCCAAGCACCUGGUGGUCCCUAACAUGCAGACAGGACAGCUGGAGCCUCUGCUCUCAGGGUUCACCGAGGAGGAGGAGCAGCAGAUGACGCGGAUGCUGCAGAGGAUGGACACCCUGGCCAAGAAAGCCUUGGAGGUGGGGGUGCGGCUGAUGGUGGACGCCGAGCAGACCUACUUCCAGCCGGCCAUCAGCCGCCUGACGCUGGAAAUGCAGCGCAAGUUCAACGUGGAGAAGCCGCUCGUCUUCAACACGUACCAGUGCUACCUCCGGGAUGCCUAUGACAACGUCACCAUGGACGUGGAACUGGCUCGCCGUGAGGGCUGGUGCUUUGGAGCCAAGCUGGUGCGGGGAGCAUACAUGGCCCAGGAGCGGGCCCGUGCCGCGGAGAUCGGCUACGAGGACCCCAUCAACCCCACGUACGAGGCCACCAACGCCAUGUACCACAGGUGCCUCAAUUAUGUCCUGGAGGAGCUGAGGCACAACGCCAAGGCCAAAGUGAUGGUGGCCUCCCACAACGAGGACACAGUGCGCUUCACGUUGCGCAGGAUGGAGGAAUUGGGCCUGCACCCCGCUGACUGCCAGGUGUACUUUGGACAGCUGCUGGGCAUGUGUGACCAGAUCAGCUUUCCGCUGGGCCAGGCAGGCUUCCCUGUGUACAAGUACGUGCCCUACGGCCCCGUGAUGGAGGUGCUGCCCUACCUGUCCCGCCGUGCCCUGGAGAACAGCAGUGUCAUGAAGGGUGCCCAGCGGGAGCGGCGGCUGCUGUGGCAAGAGCUGAAGCGGAGGCUCCGCACAGGCAGCCUCUUCCACUACCCAGCCUAGUGCCCGUGGGCCGCCACCGCCACCAGACUUGGCCUCCAGCUGGGGCAGGGGUCUGUGGGUCCAGGUGCCCCGGGCCAAGGCUGUGCCAGCCCAGCCUCACAAGCAUUCACCUUUUGACACCUAAGACUAUGAGACCUGCUCCAAGUGGGGCCUGUGCGACCCCAGCCCCAGCCAGGAUGUGGGCACUCAGGUGUAGGCCGGCUCUGAUACCUGCCACAGCCAGAGACGGCCAGGAACCACCCUUUGAGUGGGAACUGCCCCGUCUCUGUCUGCCUUUCUGACCCAAAGCCCGCCUCCCAGCAAGGUCUAACCCACAGAGCUAAAGCCCCCCCAGGUGGAGGGUGGCCAUGCUGAAGAAGGUGGGCUGACCAAUAAACCACUAUUUCUGCAA